UGAUGUGAGACCUCUGUGUUGGGGCUCAGCCUGGCCACUCUGCCAAACAUCUUCUUCCAAGGCUUACUUUCAGACCCUCCAGUGCUCCCUUUUCUACCAGCAGCAGGCACUCUCUCAACAGGCGCCACAGCAGAAAUGUGGAAGCCAAACAGGCAGCGAGUGCCUCGAAGGCAUUGCUGAGGGCCAGCCCUUUCUCACGUGUGGUUUGGUGCCUGGGAAGCUCUGCUCUGACCUGGUGGGGUGGCUGGGGGAGCACUCUGAGGCACAGGCACCCUGUGCUGGAAACUUGUUGCACUGCUUUGCACGACUGCACAGCACUUUUGUGCAGAAUGUGACUCCGAAGCAUCUACUUUUGCAUCAGCCAUGCCAACAAUAUGCUCUUCCCUCCACUGCUGUUUGGGACCUGAAGCCAUUUUAAACCAGCAAAGAGCAAUGGGAAGGGUAGCAAUAGCAAUGGCUGGCUGGCAGCGGUUGUAGUGACAGCAACAUUCUCCCUGUGUUCUUGCAACAGGUGCCAGAGAUUCUGGGGUCCAUCCAGAGAAGCCUGAAAAGGAAUAGCGAAUCACCUCAAAAGACACUCUUCUCACUGCUUGACAUUCUGACCAUCCAGUUCCCCAGAGAUGUCCUGAGGAGUGUUUUGAUUGACCUUCCCCAGUGCGACAGGUACACCAGUCCAGACAGCCCCGCACGUUUGUUCCAUGAGAAGAGUGGGACUCAGAGACGCUCCUGCUGCCAGCGCCAAGGAAAGCUGCAGGACACUCCCGAGGAGCAGACCCUCCAUGCCACUGUGCUUUCCAGUGCCAAUGGGCCGCUCAGGGCUGCAGCAGCCAGUGUUGACAAUGGCAGCCCAGAGCCUCCCAUCAGGCUCCUGCCCUGCCCUUUGGGGAAGACCAUCUCAGCCUGGAGCUGAGCCGGGCCCCCAGGCCUCCCCAAGCACGCGCAGUGGCAAGCCCGGGCUGCAGCACAGCCUGGGGCCUGCUGGGCCUGCCUGAGCCACAGCACUAUGGCUGAGGCAGACCUGCUCACACAGCAUUGCUCUUUGUUUGCAGCAUUACCCUGGACAUUUGGAACAGCAUGCUUCCCAUGCUGGAAACUUCAGAGAGGAUCUUGGAUGAACUGAGCAAUGUUCUCCAGGACAAACAGCUGAGCGAGAUAUUUAACGUCACCACAGCGGAGUUGGGCCUCCUUCACUUGACUAUGGUGCACCCUACUGAAGAGAUCCUGAAAGAGCUGUGUAAGCCAGCACUCCUCCAGGGUCUUCUGAAGAUUGAAAGCCUGCCACUGCUCUGGCUGGUGCUCAGAGGCAUUGUGCUGCUGUCCGAGAGACCUGAGACGGCAAGAGAAAUACGGGCCUUGCUUCCAGAUCUCAUGGAGACCCAGCAGUUUGCCAACACACCCAUUACUCUGAAGGUGCUGAAUAUCUUCAGAAAUGUAAUGCGCCAUCUGGGGAGGAAGCAUGCCAGUCCCAUUGCUCUGAAACUGGCUGAGAAGAUUCUGCCUCUUUUUAAUCAUGUAUCAAGUGAAGUGCGAGAAGGCUCCAUCCGCCUCUUUGAAGGUUUGAUGAACGCUGUGCUGUGGUGUAAGAAGAGAACCAUGAAGAAGAUCGUGUGCAGGGCCCUGCUGCCUCUGCUAUUUCAGAUGAGUGACGAGACCCCGAGCGUAGCACAGGCAUCUGGGGAAGUCCUCAUGGCUUGUGCAAAAUUCCUGAAGUGGAAGGAGCUCAAGUGCCGGGCCGGGGAGGAGAACAUAGAGGAGAUCAGGAUGUGUUUGCUGCACCAGGACAAGAUGAGAGUGGAAGGAUACCUGUGGCAGAGCCUGCCAUACCUGAAGGCUUCUCAGGCCUCCUUGCGAUGCGAGGCUGUCAAAUUCAUCGGGCUGGCUGUGCAGCAAUCCAGGGAUCAAAAUGAGGAACUGCUGAAUGAAAUCUGCAGUGCCCUUCAGCCUUUGCAAGAUGACGUCUAUCUGGCAGUCCGCUCCCUGGCAGCUGGGACAAUACAGAUGCUGAGACAUCAAAGGCAGCAGGCAGCAUCAGCACGGAGCAGGCUCGCAGCACUUUGCUGCUGGCCCUGCAUGGCCAUUUGAAAUGUAAUUCUUGUACAGUGACGUUGCUAUGACACGCAUUCCUGUCAUGCAAGACAGACCCCUUUAACAAUGGAAGGAACCAGGGAGCACGGACGUCGUGAAACAAAGAACAGGAACCUAGCUGGUUAGAACUGGGUCUGUAGUUAGUGAUUGACUAAGGUGAAAAGUCCACCAGAAAGCCUUUGCGAGAAAAACUUGGAGAAGACCUCUGCCUGUGACCACCAGAGAGCAACACGCAUGUGCGCAGAGGCGGAACGUAUCAUAAUGAUUUCCCCAACCUAAUUGGAACAUUAUGAUGACAUCUUGGAACGGUUUAAGCAAGCUCAACCCACCUGCUGUGUCAUCCAUCUGUAUGAUUUUGUAUGAUAAAUAAGCAACCAACGUGUUUUGUUGUGCGAGUUAGAAGGAGUCAUCACCCUCGCACCUAGCACCAUAAUAAACAUACCAACUUUAUAACCUACAUGCCUUAUGGAGUUUGAUUCUGUAUGUCGCAUCUGUCCUUACAAAGAGGUCUCUAAUUAAAACUCGGACUGUAAAGCCGUUCCCUGGGUGUCCUCCUGUGUUGAGCUUAUGUACAGAGUUUCUGUAGAGGUGGGCUGCAGGAUUGCAUCCUCAACAUGUCAGCUGACAAUACUCAGCUGGGAAAUGCUGUUGAUUCUCUCCAAGGGGACAAGAGGCCUCGGGUGGGGAUACAGAUCCUUUCGAGAACUGGACAAUGAGCAAGAGCAUACAGUUCCACUAAAGAAAAUAAAAGAAUUCAUCAUUCAGCAUUCAUCAUUCCUAAGAACCUUGUGGCCUUUCUUCAAGGCCACUACCCCCUCCAUGUACAAAAUAAGGCUAACUUCAUGGCGUACACACACGUAGCCUUGAGCAAGAUACCUGCUCAUUUAGCUGGGCCUGUGACAGAUACGAAGCAGGAAAGUAAUGGUUCUCCUAGUUUCUUUUUUAGAGCAUUCCCUGAAGUAGCAGUAUUUGAGAAUCCAGCUGCAAACCUGCAGGCAUGUUUCACCCUUCUUGACAGAUGAAACUAGCGUAGACUGAUACCACUUUGUCUAUCAGCAACGCUGCACUUGCAGCUGUAGUUUCAGUCUGGCCAUUUUCAGGCAAAGAGUACACUUGUUACUGAGCAAGACAUGCAAACCUCUGUAGAAGAAGUGCACAUUUCUUUGGUCAUGAUCUCCAAGAUUUCUUGCUUGCCUAUUUUAAUGUCUUCAGUUGCUGCAAAGGACCACUGGCCAGGCACUCAGAGUUUGCCCAGCUUCAGCAAAACAUGUAAAUACAUUUUAGUUCAUAUUUGUGUUCCACUGCUGUGACCUUAUUCACUAAGUGCUAGGGAGUCAGUCUGCAAGUCCAGAAAUGCAGACUAGAUUAAAUAUAGUCAUCACAAAACAUAGCCCUUGCCAGAAAUAACAGUAAAAAUCCAUGGAAUCAUUCGAUAGUUUAUAUUGAAACCUAAAUGUCCAUAUCUUGUAUCAACAAUUUCAGCAACUAUAGACAGCAAACACAGGAGUUUCCUUUUGCACUUCUUGCCUUUCUUCCUGGCUCAAAUCAGUUCCUCAUUCCAGCCAGAGCUCAACACCCUGACUUUGGUUUUCCAUAUUGCUGCCUGAAGGCCAUGACAGAUCUGAAUUUGAAGUGAAUCAGUGAGCAAAAGGGAAAAUAGGUAGUCUUUCCAUGUGGGUAUGGUAACGGGCAAUAAAGACUACUACUGGAGUCUUUCCUCAGGGUGGAGAAUAUAACUUGCAAUUAUAUUGCAACUUAUAUUUUAUAUAUUAACUUGUCUAUCUACACAUUUCUGGAAGAGCGGUAGAUUACUUCUUGCACUGCAGGCUAGCAGGGCUAUUCCAUUUUCUGGAAAUGGUUUCUCUUGUUUACUUCAGGGUUUUUGUUUUGUUUUGUUUUGUUUUGUUUUUUAAUUAGG